UCCAUCAUCUUCUUCUCUUUGACAACCCUCAUCUUCGCAACCCGCCUCGCCUGGCGCCUCCACCACCACCAACGCGGCUGGGACGACCUCUUCGCGAUCCUCGCCUUCAUAACCCUAACCAUCCAAACCGCAUUCGGGAUUACAGCAGCACACUACGGCUUCGGCAAACAUCGAUCGGACAUCCUGAGCACCUUCAGCCAUGCCAUGUUCUACUUCUAUCUAUACCAGAUAUGUUACAAGCUCCUGGGCGGGUUCACGAAGCUGACGUUUUGUGCUUUGUAUCUGGCAAUUUUCCCACCAUCGCACAAGAACAAGUGGUUUCGACGGGUGGUAUGGCUCACGGCGGACGUGACGGUCAUGGGCAUGGUUGCGUUCACCCUGGCGACGAUUUGGCAGUGUACGCCUGUGCGGAAGGCCUGGCAUCCAGAGAUGGUGGGGAGAUGUAUCGACAACCUGAGGUUUUGGUAUGCGUAUGCGGCUUUCAAUACGUUUAUGGAUAUCGUGGUUUACAUCCUCCCGAUACCAGUCAUUGGCAGCCUCCAGGUCUCCACCCGCACCAGGGCCGGGUUGCUCUCCAUGUUCGGUCUUGGAGCGUUGGUCAUCGCAGCCUCUAUCGUGCGGAUGGUGAUGCUCAAAGGGAGCGCAGAAUCAUUCGAUGAUCCGACUUGGGGCUCGAUGCCCGCGCUGUUGUGGACAGAGGUCGAAGCCAAUCUGGCGGUGAUUGUGUGUUCUCUGCCGGCCUUGCGGAUG